AUGUACGUUCAGCUUCCGUUUGAUGACUUGAAGGUCGAUCCAACUCAAAAAAAGAGGAUAGCCUACUUUUAUGAUGCCGAUAUCGGAAAUUAUGCUUAUGGUGCAGGUCACCCGAUGAAGCCUCAUCGAAUAAGAAUGGCCCAUUCGUUGAUUAUGAAUUAUGGACUAUAUAAAAAAAUGGAGAUAUACAGAGCCAAACCGGCAACAAAACAGGAGAUGUGUCAAUUUCAUACCGAUGAAUAUAUAGAUUUUAUAAGCCGAGUCUCACCCGAUAAUUUAGACUUGUUUAGCAAGGAGAGUGUUAAAUUCAAUGUUGGGGAUGAUUGCCCAGUGUUUGAUGGGUUGUUUGAAUAUUGUGGCAUAAGUGGAGGAGGAUCUAUGGAAGGUGCAGCACGAUUGAAUAGAGGCAAAUGUGAUGUUGCUAUCAACUAUGCUGGUGGAUUGCACCAUGCUAAGAAAUCUGAAGCCUCAGGGUUUUGUUACUUGAACGAUAUUGUAUUGGGGAUCAUCGAGUUGUUGAGGUAUCAUCCACGGGUCUUGUAUAUUGACAUUGAUGUUCAUCAUGGUGACGGUGUCGAGGAGGCCUUUUACACAACGGAUAGAGUGAUGACUUGCUCCUUCCACAAGUAUGGAGAGUUUUUCCCAGGUACAGGAGAACUAAGAGAUAUAGGCGUGGGAAAAGGAAAGUAUCAUAGUGUAAAUGUUCCCUUGAGAGAUGGUAUAGACGACGCUACAUACAAAUCCAUUUUUGAGCCGUUGAUUAGCAAAAUAGUUGAAUGGUAUCAACCUUCAGCUAUUGUCUUGCAAUGUGGCGGUGACUCGUUAAGUGGCGACAGGUUGGGAUGUUUCAAUUUGUCGAUGGAGGGCCAUGCCAAUUGUAUAAAUUUUGUCAAGUCCUUCAAUAUUCCACUAAUGGUAUUGGGUGGAGGCGGCUAUACAAUGAGAAAUGUUGCGAGAACUUGGGCGUUUGAGUCGGGAUUGUUAAACAAUGUCAAGUUGCCCACUGAACUACCAUACAACGAGUACUACGAGUACUAUGCGCCCAACUAUACUUUAGAAGUUCGAUCAUCCAAUAUGUACAAUCAAAACUCACCUGAGUUUCUAGAUAAAGUAUUGACGACCAUAUUGACCAAUUUGGAGAAUACCAAGCAUGCGCCAUCUGUGCAGAUGAAUAAUGUGCCCAACGAUCCUGAGGAUUUGGGGGAUGUUGAAGAAGACACUGCAAUGGCUAUUGAUACAAAGGGAGGGUCAGAAAUGGCCAGGGAUGCACAAAUACAGCCAGAAAAUGAGUUUUACGAGGAAGAUGAUAAAGAUAAGGAGGAGAGAAAUAUAAAUAUAGUGGAGGAUACCUCUAAUGAAAAUAAUAAGAUGAUAACUGAAGAGAAAGAAAAGGAAGAGGAAGAAACUAACGGGAACCUGAGUGUGAAAGAGGAAGAAACUAAAGGGAACCUGAGUGGGAAAGAGGAAGAAACUAACGGGAACCUGAGUGUGAAAGAGGAAGAAACUAACGGGAACCUGAGUGUGAAAGAGGAUGUUGAAAUGGAUGAUGUAAUUGAGGAUAAGGCUAACCUAACGGAAGGCGAUGCUACCACCACCGAAUUGACAGAAGAAGAGUUGAAAGAGAUACAAGAGUUGAACAACAGUGUUGAAUAA